AUGAUAAUGGAUAACAACCAAAACCUGGCAGGACGGGACAGCAUGGCAGACACAACCUCUUGUAUGAUGGCUACCUCACAUCUACUUCAGUCGUCCAUUCAUGGCAUGAACCCCGAGAUCCAUCCAGAUCACGCGGUGGACCAUCAUGAUCAUCUCCAGGACGAAAACGAUGACGUCAAAGAUGAACUCGACUUGGACAGCGACUCUGAGGAGGAAAGAAAGUUUUCCGGAACUUCCACGCUGUCACAACAGAAUCGACGAUUUGCGGAUGUGAAGCCACCGUAUUCCUACAUAGCUCUCAUCACCAUGGCAAUUGAAAGUUCAAACUCCGGUAUGAUGACCCUUAAUGAAAUCUAUGCCUUCAUCAUGAACAGAUUUCCUUACUUCAAAGAGAACCAACAGAGAUGGCAGAACUCUAUCCGUCACAAUCUUUCCCUUAAUGACUGUUUUGUUAAAAUCCCACGUGCUCCUGGGAGACCCGGAAAAGGAAACUACUGGGCGCUUCAUCCAGCAUGCGGUGAUAUGUUUGGUAACGGAAGCUUCUUGCGCCGCGCCAAACGCUUCAAGCUCCAGCGCCAGAAAAUGAGGGAAGCUGAACAGGCACAAGUGCAGCACGUGAAUUCAUUUGGACAUUUCAGUCUGUACCCUCCGCCAUCUGGAUACAAACCUUACCCAUCACUCAACUCGCUCACUCUCGGAUCAUUUCCCCAGGGUCUCCCUCAGUCUCAACAAUAUGGCAGCUUGGUUUCCAAACCUGAAGCAUGGAAUCCUCCCGGAUCGUCUAGCUAUAAUCCGUACUACAGCAGCAACAGCAUGAACAUGAACAUGAACAUGAACAAUUCUAUAGGACCUUCUCUCGGCAGUUCUCUCGGAGGGUCUCUUGGAGGAUCCUACUUAUCUGGGAACCAGGUCCCUCCCGUGCCAAGCAUGAACAGCUCGCUGACGAAUUAUCCAUCCCUGCAGCAGUCCUACGGAUGUGGUCCUCAGUAUAACAGUCAAAUCCGACUCCAGGCGUCGCAGUAA